GUCUCCAUCCAAACCUACUGUCCAACUUUUCUUUCCCUAUUUCCUCCAAAGCCUAACCCUUCUCUCUCCCUCUCUAAAUAUCUCUCUCUCAAUCUCUCUCUUUCUCUCUCUCUCUGAAAAACACCAAGAAUGAAGAAUAUUAACAUAACCACUAACAAAUGAUGAUGAUGAAACAAGUUUGAGUUUGCUUCACCUUUUUAAGGUAAAAAAAACUCAGAAAUCAAAGCUACUAAUAGAUAUAUAGAUAUAAAUAUAUAAUAUAGCUUUGAAAAUCUUUCCAAUUACUAGUAUAUUGUUGAAUGAAAACUUCAGAGUACUAAUCCCAUCAAUCUCAUCACAUUCUCAAUCUCAAAAAUAUUCUUCUGCUUCAUCAUUUUCAGGAACCCUAGAACACCAAUUCACAAUUCACAAAGUUCAAAGCAAUUAACCAACCUUGGAUCUGCAAAAAUAUAAAGUUUAACAAAACUUUUAUAUAUCAAUGGAUUCAAUUCAACAAUUUAUACAGACAUGUAACCAUGAAAACACCUGCAACUUCAUGAACACAAUAAGCAGCAACAACAACACAAGCUUAACAACAACUACAGCAACAACAACAGCAAGUGGAAGCUCUUCUUCAUCUGCAGCUUCAACCAUAACAACCAACACACCAAACAGUAGCAGCCGGUAUGAGAAUCAGAAACGCCGUGACUGGAACACUUUUGGUCAGUACCUCAAGAAUCAUCGUCCUCCUCUUUCGCUAUCUCGAUGCAGCGGUGCUCAUGUGCUUGAAUUUCUCAGGUAUUUGGAUCAAUUUGGGAAAACAAAAGUUCACACACCAAUUUGUCCAUUUUAUGGGCAUCCAAACCCUCCAGCACCAUGUCCAUGUCCUCUAAGGCAAGCAUGGGGAAGCCUAGAUGCACUGAUAGGCCGUCUCCGCGCCGCUUUCGAAGAAAAUGGAGGAAAACCAGAAACAAAUCCUUUUGGUGCUCGAGCAGUGAGGCUCUAUCUCCGCGAAGUUCGCGAUCUUCAAUCCAAAGCAAGAGGGAUUAGUUAUGAGAAAAAGAAGAGAAAACGUCCUCCACCACCACAACCACGGCCACAGCAACAAGUUCCACCACCACAAGGUGCAAGUGCAGCUCAUUAGAGAUCAAUCAAAUUCCAAAUUCUCUCUCUCUCUCUCACUUCACUCUCUUAUCUUAAUGCUUUUUCUUAUAAUUUAUAUUUAGGGUUUUUUUUUGUUUCUUUUGUUUAAUAAUAUGUGAAAACUGCUGUGAUCUGAAAAAACAUACAGUGCUUUGUCUUUGGAUCCUGUUUGGUUGCUGUACACAGAGAUGAAAAAGUGUUAUAAAAUGUAAGAUAUCAUUUAUCUGCUUUUAAA